GGACUCGCGGCCUGUUGCCCUCGGCUGGGGCUGCGGUCCGAACCCCGCGCUCGGACGGUGUCCGGGCGGCGGCGUGGGCGCGAUGGACAGCCCCGAGGUCACCUUCACGCUGGCUUACCUGGUGUUCGCCGUGUGCUUCGUGUUCACGCCCACCGAGUUCCACUCUGCCGGGCUCACGGUGCAGAACCUGCUGUCUGGCUGGCUGGGCAGCGAGGACGCGGCCUUCGUGCCCUACCACCUGCGCCGCACGGCCGCCACGUUGCUGUGCCACGCGUUGCUCCCGCUCGGCUACUACGUGGGCAUGUGCUUCGCCGCCACGGACAAGGUUCUCUACUGGCCCAGCCGGGCCCCAGACGCCUGGAGCCUCUUCCUCCUGCUGGCGGUGGCCCUGCCCACGGUGACCUGGGCCCUGGUUUACUACUGGUCGAGGGAGUGUUGGGCGCGCCACCCACUGGCCCGCACUCUGGCCUUGUAUGCGCUCCCGCAGUCGGACUGGCGUGCGGUGGCUGCUUCCAUCAACACCGAGUUCAGGCGCAUCGACAAGUUCGCCACGGGGGCGCCGGGGGCGCGCGUGAUCGUGACAGACACGUGGGUGAUGAAGGUGACCACCUAUCAGGUGCAUGUGGCCCAGCAGCAGGACGUGCAGCUGACUGUGACCCAGUCGCAGCAGCAUGACCUGUCGCCAGAUUCCAACCUGCCGGUGCAGCUCCUGACCAUCUGCGUGGCUGCGGCCCGCCCCUCCGUGCAGGCCUUCGACAUCCGGCUGAACUCGGCAGAGUACGGUGAGCUGUGUGAGAAGCUCCGGGCGCCCAUUCGCAGUGCUGCCAACGUGGUCAUCCACCAGAGCCUUGGCGAUCUCUUCCUGGAGACCUUCGCCUCCCUCGUGGAGGUCAACCCGGCCUACGCGGUGCCCAGCAGCCAGGAGCUGGAGGCCUGCAUUGGCUGCAUGCAGGCGCGCGCUGCCGUGAAGCUGGUGAAGACAUGUGCGGAGGCGACGGAGGGCGAAUGCCAGCAGUGCUACUGCCGCCCCAUGUGGUGCCUCACGUGCAUGGGCAAGUGGUUCGCCAGCCGCCAGGACCCGCAGCGCCCCGACACCUGGUUGGCCUCCCGAGUGCCUUGCCCCACCUGCCGGGCACGCUUCUGCAUCUUGGAUGUGUGCGCAGUGCGCUGAGCCUGAGGGCCCCGGGCACUACCCAGAAGAGAUUCGGUGGGGAGCAGUGCGGGGUCCAGGCCUCCCACACCCUGUCCAGCAACACCUGCCUUACGUCGUGGGUCGUGGCCUGCCCUGGGUGACAUGCUGAACGCUGCCAUCAUGCUCCCCGCUGCAGAGGGGGCCUCCAAGGGCGAGCUCCGCUCUGGCCUGCCAGGGUCCCCUGUGUGUCUGUCCACUUCCCAGCCAGGUUGGCUUUACUAGAGCCAGAGUGUGUGCUUGUCCCUCUGUGACCCACACUGUGCCUUCUGCAGCUCCCAUGGUUGGAGAGGGGAUGCCGCAGUGACUACCCAAGUCCUAGGGACCUGCUCCGGGGCCGUGUGCAGCGAGUCUGAUGGCGUGGUUGUUGGGGGAGGGGGCUUCACAUGAAGCCCGUAGACUGGUUCGUGGGUUGGAUGGACCUCUUGGUUCACCCAAGGUUGCAUAAAACCCGAGGAUUUGGGAGAGCCGCCAGCUGUGCGUCCUCAGGGCGCUCUGCAGUGGAGAGCCCAGCCUCCGUUGGGCCAACGAAGGCUUGUGAUGAUUUUUACCAGGAAAAUUUGCUCCUUCAUUUCUAGAGGCAAAUCUGUUGUUGCUGACCUGGAUGUAUUUAUUAAAGCCUUAGUCUGAAUUAAACGUGCUUC